GCAAAUGUGAGCAGUCUCAACAAGAGGUGCAUUAGUUGUGUUCUGGUGCUCAAGAUCUAUUGAGGCUAUGAUAUUUAAUUUAACUGCUGAGCAAAAUGAGACGGAAAUACCAUGGCUUUACCAGCUUAACAGAGAAGACAUGACAUGGGUUAUUACGAGUUCCUUCAUGAUAUUUACCAUGCAAACAGGGUUUGGCAUGUUAGAAUCUGGAUGUGUCUCUGUGAAAAAUGAAGUAAACAUCAUGAUGAAGAACGUUGUAGAUAUUGUUCUAGGAGGUCUCACUUAUUGGAUCUUUGGCUUUGCGUUAUCAUUUGGCAGAAGUUCCCUAAAUAACCCUUUUAUAUCAUUUGGAGACUUUUGCGUUGAUCCAGAUGUUGAAGAUCCAAUGAAAGGCGCAAUAUACACAGCCUUUCUGUUUCAAAUGUCAUUCGCUACCACAGCGACUACUAUAGUCAGUGGAGCCAUGGCUGAAAGGUGCAAUUUUAAAGCGUACUGCAUAUUCAGUUUGAUGAACACCUUGGUAUACUGUGUGCCCGCAGGUUGGAUUUGGGGUACACAGGGAUUUCUGAAGCAGUUAGGUGCAGUCGAUAUAGCCGGAUCCGGUCCUGUACAUUUAAUAGGCGGCACGUCAGCUUUUGCUAGUGCGCUGAUGUUAGGGCCGAGACUAGGGAGGUACGACAAUGGAAUCGCCCCACUACCUUUGGGAUCCCCGGUUAACGCAGUGAUGGGACUCUUCGUCCUUUGGUGGGGAUGGUUAGCUUUCAAUUCCGGAAGUACAUACGGAUUAUCGGGAUCAAAGUACCAGUACGCGGCAAGGGCGGCCGUAAUGACGAUGAUUUCGUCUUUUGGUGGAGGUACUGUGAGCUUGGUGUAUUCUUUAAUUCGAACGAAAGGAAAAAUUGAAGUACUCGAUAUUAUCAAUGGAGUUCUUGGAUCUCUUGUGGCGAUUACAGCGGGAUGUUUCCUCUACGAAGGUUGGGCUGCACUUAUUAUUGGAUCAGUUGGAGCUCUUAUCGCCUGUGUAUCUAUGCCGUUAAUCGACAUGAUGGGCGUGGAUGAUCCUGUGGGAGCAACAUCUGUCCAUGGAUUGGGUGGAAUAUGGGGGGUGAUAGCUGUAGGGUUAUUUGCACAAAAUCCAAUUCCGCUAGACACUACUGAUGGAAGAUCCGGUUUAUUUGAAGGUGGGGGAUGGUAUUUAUUGGGCAUACAAACACUUUCAGUUUUAUGUUUGACGGUAUGGGCGUUUGUGGUGACAAUCAUUAUGCUGUGGAUGAUCAACAAAAUUGUAACAAUCCGUAUGGAACUUCACAUGGAGUUAAUUGGAGCCGAUUUAACCGAACAUUUUGUGAAACAUGGACAAGUAUACGUAGGAGUCUCGCGCGCAGUUUCUGCGUUUAAACCGUGCAUAGAUACCACGGAUAUAGAUCACGUUCCAAGCGUGGGUUUGAAUCCAGGACACGAUGCCAAGGUUGAAAUAAUUCAAGGAAUGAGUCGCAAGAGAAGGCCAAAAUUAUCAAGGAUACUGAGAAACGUCACUAAUCGGGGAAAUUUUGGAAUUAACGUUGCUCGAAAACUGUUUCCUCCAAAGAAACUUCAAAGGAAGAUUUCGAUCCGAGAAAGAAGUGGAAAAGGGAGCAUCACUUCACAAACUGGACCGAGAAUAACUACAAUUGAGAUGAAUCAUUCCAAAGCAGGCGUAGAGAUAGCGUGGUUAGAUUAGGAUUCAUGUGUAAUGCAAGAUUUAAUAUAGUGAUCUAUUAAUUAUUGUACAUUUUUCGAUACCUUCCGAAUCUGUAUACCUAUUAAACCAUAAGAAGGAUGUAGCAAUUUUAUUGCAGAAAGUUUCGAUGGAUAAUUGUGUAUAGUUUGUAUAUUUCUAGUACAUUUUCAUAAA